UAGUCACGUGACGUCAUCCUGUGUGCUGUUGGCAGAACGAAGAUCUGCGAGCAACCCGGCCAACAUGGAGAGAAAAGUUCUAGCUCUUCAAGCGAGGAAGAAGAGGGCAAAAGCGAAGAAGUCCAGCAAGAAGCAUCCUGCCCACCCUAGGGGGACAGCAGCCCAGCAGCAGCCCCAGCCAGAGGCCUCUCCCCAGGAGCCAGAUGAGCCUGAGGAGAUCCUAGGCUCUGAUGACGAGGAGCAGGAAGACCCCAACGACUACUGCAAAGGUGGCUACCACUAUGUAAAGAUAGGAGACCUGUUCAAUGGGAGGUACCAUGUGAUCAGGAAGCUGGGCUGGGGACACUUCUCCACUGUGUGGCUGGCCUGGGACAUACAGCUGAAGCGGUUUGUGGCUAUGAAGGUUGUGAAGAGUGCAGAGCAUUACACCGAGACAGCCGUGGAUGAGAUCAAACUGCUCAGAUCUGUGAGAAACACGGACCCUGACGAUCCCAAGAGGGAGAUGGUGGUUCAGCUACUGGAUGACUUCAAGAUCUCCGGCGUCAACGGGACUCAUGUGUGCAUGGUGUUUGAGGUGCUAGGGCACCACCUACUGAAGUGGAUCAUCAAGUCCAACUACCAGGGCCUUCCUCUGCCCUGCGUCAAGAGCAUCAUACGCCAGGUUCUUCAAGGCCUGGACUACCUUCACACCAAGUGUGAGAUCAUCCACACUGACAUCAAGCCAGAGAACAUCCUGUUGACGGUGAAUGAGCCCUAUGUGAGGAGGCUGGCCGCGGAGGCUACGGAGUGGCAGAGAGCAGGGGCUCCCCCACCCUCGGGGUCCGCAGUCAGCACAGCGCCAGCUCCAAAAGCAGUGGCCAAAAUGUCCAAGAACAAGAAGAAGAAGUUAAAGAAGAAGCAGAAGCGUCAGGCGGAGCUAUUGGAGAAGUGCAUUCUGGAUCUGGAGGAGAUGGAAAAGGCUCCGGGGAGGGGAGAUGAGGAGGAGGAGGAUGAUGAAGAGGACCCAGAGUCUCCAGUCUCUUCCAAACAGCAGCGGCCAUAUUGUGCUCCUCUCAGACAGGUUUCCUUACAGGAGAUAGCCAGCCAAGACACAACCUCGUACAUUGCGGGUGCGGCGGUGACGCAGUUCGUACCAGAAAGCAUAAUAACUGAGGUAGAGGUGAACUUUAACGGCCUUCAUCCUGAGGAAGAGGAAGAUGAAACAGAGAGGAAGGCACAGUGGAAGGAGGAAGACCAACACAACGGUAACACAGACCCAGCAGAGGAUCACUGUCUUCUUCAGGAGUCAAACCCACAGGAGUCAAUAUUAUCAAACCCACAGGAGUUAAAAAAGGUGUCAAAUGGUCAGGAGUCUCCACCUCCUCAACCCGUGUGUAACGGCCUGGUGUCCCCAGAAACAGAGGAGCCUAAGACCCCAGAGAGUGAGGAGGGGAGUGGAGCACUGCACAGGAAGGUGACUCAGGUAAAGAGAGAAGCAUCUGAGAUGGAGUCAACAAGCUUCAGGGUACGGGAGGAGGAGGAGGAGCUGUCACCGGAGGAGGAGGAACAGAAGAAUCAGGAGGAAGUCACAGAGGAGGCGCAGGAUAGGAGUUGGGAGGAGGAGGAGCAGAACAGGAGUCAUGAGGAGGAGGAGGCCACAGAGAUGCUGGAUAGCAUCCAGUAUGAAGGGGAACAGGAGAGUCUGAAGGAUGGGCCCCUGCUAUGUGGUGGAGCUGUCUACAUGGCUAUAUGUUUAUCUCUAGCGACACAACCAGAAGCCAAACUAGCAGCGGGAAACCUCCUGGUCAACCCCCUGGAGCCACUUAAUGCAGGCAGACUGAAGGUCAAGAUAGCGGACCUGGGGAACGCCUGCUGGGUGCACAAGCACUUUACAGAAGACAUUCAGACGAGACAGUACCGUUCUCUAGAGGUGCUCAUUGGGUCUGGCUACAACACACCAGCUGACAUAUGGAGUACAGCCUGCAUGGCGUUUGAGCUGGCCACUGGGGACUACUUGUUUGAGCCCCAUUCCGGGGAAGAUUACUCCAGGGACGAAGACCAUAUUGCAUUGAUCAUUGAGCUGCUGGGGCAAGUCCCACGCAAACUCAUAACGGCUGGGAAAUAUUCCAAGGAUUUUUUCACCAAGAAAGGUGACCUGAAGCACAUCACCAAGCUGAAGCCAUGGGGGUUACUAGAGGUGCUGCAGGAUAAGUAUGAGUGGCCCAAAGAGGAGACUGAUUGUUUCGCCGACUUCCUCCUCCCCAUGCUGGAGCUGGUACCAGAGAAGAGGGCCACGGCCGCAGACUGCCUGCGCCACCCCUGGAUCGCCCCCCAGUGACAGCCUCCAGUACUGCAAAUCAAAAUACCCUGAUGCCUGUUCAGUAGGCAAACAUUGGAAUGUUGCAGAUAACUGUCAUGACGUGAUUCCCUUUUCUACAUGUCAUAGAGGCAUUAAUGUUUCUAUCAGAACAUUCCAGAACGUUUUGUCCUGCUGAAUGCACCCCCUUGGCCUGUAUUGCCCUCCCCAAUGGAGCCUUCCAACCACUGCAAUGUAAAACCAUGUAGCCAUGUUCAGGAGGAUGUAAAGUUACUGAACCUUCAGAUGUAUGGCGGUGAACAGAGAUACGAUCAUCUGUCAAAUAGAAUAGGGAAUUGGGUCCACUUUAUUCAUUCAAUUUCUAUCUUCAAUGUCACGUUUUUUUUUUUUUUUUUUUUGUCAUUUAGCAGUCACGCUUAUCCAGAGCAACUAAGUGUCUGCUAAAUGAGUGAAAAGUAAAAUGAGCGUUUCAUUUUCCUAAAUACACCCCUGGAUGUAUUCCCUCUAGUGGUCAUCUCUGGUCACUGCGAUGCAAAUUAAACCCCUCACAAGAGACUUGUUGCAACAGAGCACUUUCCAAUUCAACCAUAUCUGAGAUGACUAAUUUAUUUCUGUUUUUUGAUUUGUUUUGUUACAUUGUGUUCUUAUUAUCAUCAAGGAGUGUCUGUAAGCUUUUAUUUGUUUUCUUUGUACUGAUUCUCUUUAAGUAAGCCAGUAGGCAACAUUGGUUUAUGGCAGUCCAGAAUUCUGUGCUCCCGUACACUACUCACUUGUAAGAGGACUUGUCUUUGUAAUUGUUGUUAUUGUGACUCUCUCAUCACCGUUUCGUUUUAUACUUGCACAAGACCUGGAAAAGAUCAAUGAACUGCCCUUCACUUUUGUAGUCCUGUUUCCGUUAAAUAACUUGAUACCACUAGUUUUCUUUCCUCUGAUAAAUGUCAUUGAUGUCUGUCUAUGUUACACCUUCACCCGUAAGGCAUUUGUGUUUUGUAUUAAGCGUACUAUUAGGAAGUUGCACAUAGAGGGCAGAUGAACGGACUCGUAGGCUUCACUCUACUCUCUGACUGAACUAUUUGUAGGUCUUCACCACCCAUAAAUACAAUGGAGGACUGUCUUGCUAUUUUUAGAUCAGCCAGUAAAAACCAUAUUAACUGACAAUGUUCAGAAUCUGUUAUAAUACUAACUUUUCAUAUAUUCACUUUCAGCCAAUGGGAGACUAGUUUUGUGGGUUUAAUUAAGUAAUAUGUUCAUAACACCAGCCGAAAGAAGAGAAAUUGUGAGAAGAUAUAUAAAAUUGUGUGUGUAUAUAUAUAAAUAACUGUACCAAGGAAUUUGCCUUUCUGUAUAUUACAGCCGUGUACAGUUUUUAACAAAUCCUAGUGUGUGGCUGAAAUGGCACCCUUUUCCCUAUGUAGUGCCCUAUGAAAUAGGGUGCCAUUUAGGGUGCACCCUACUAUGUCUGGGUAGUAUUGUGUCAAUAAAGCAUAUGGAAGAAGUGUGCAA